CGCUGCGCGGUUUCCGUACACAGCGUGGAUUCAAUGACACUGAGCUUUCAGAAGUCAUUUCAGUCCAACAAGGUUUAAAGAUGUCGUUUACCUUUUUAUUCAGAACAAUUACAAGAGACCUUGCAAAGGUCAAUACUUGCCAUAUACAGUCACUACACACAGGUCUCCAGCUCCUUGCAGCUGAUAAAUCCCUGCUGAUGAAACUGCGGAAAAACACCGGCUACACUUUCAUUAACUGCAAGAAAGCCCUGGAGAAGUUUGAUAAUGACAUGGCACAGGCAGAGACCUGGCUGAAUGAGCAGGCGCAGAAGGAGGGCUGGAACAAAGCAAACAAGCUGGAGGGUCGCAAAGCCAAAGAGGGGCUGAUUGGCCUGUUCAUGGGAGAUAAAGCUGCAGUUAUGGUGGAGGUUAACUGUGAGACAGACUUCGUUGCCCGCAAUGAGAAGUUCCAGCAGCUGGUUAAGGAGGUGGCGCUUGCAACCUUGGCUCACCACCGGAAUAAAACACAAAGCCAGGGCGGAUAUGUGAAGAGUGUCCUGGUAGGCGAUGAGUUAAACAAACUCAGCUUGGAGGCAGGAGCUUCACUUUCUGACAGGGUGGCUCUCACAAUAGGGCGCCUCGGUGAGAACCUGUCAGUGCGGCGGGCGGUGGCGGUGGGUGUCCCGGCUGAGUGGAACAUCGGCUCGUACGUUCACGGUGGUGUGAGCGGCCAGACCGAGGUGGCCAUGGGUCGGUACGGCGCCCUGGUCGUGUUUCAGGGAGGAGAGGAGGGAGCGCAGGAAGUUCUGGGGCGUAAGCUGGGACAGCACAUAGUGGGAGAGUCCCCGGUGUCCCUGGGCAACAUGGAUGACCUCCCCUGUGGGGAAAGUGAGACCCGCCUGCUGCCUCAGACCUUCCUGGGAGACCCCAGCAGGACCGUGGCUCAGUUCCUCAAAGGUCAACAGGCUCGAGUGCUGGACUUUGUCCGAUUUCAGUGUGGCGAGACAGCCAGUGAAGAAGCCAAAUGAAGAAUGAGAAUUUAUCUAAAAGGAUUUGUCAUGUGUCUUAAUUAAACAUGAAAAUGAGAUGCCCAUUUAUCCAACAGUUACACAGUAUCCGUGUGAAUUACAAAGAUAUACAUAUAUAUACAUAUACAGGUCAACCAACAAAUUACCAAUCCAACAAUAAAAUGUGUUUGCUUUUCUUGGAAAUCUUUGUCCAAAUGAAUUUGUUUGUUUAAAUUGUUUUGAAUUAUAAGACUUGUUUUUAAUCAUGGGUCAACCUGCUGACAUAAUUUACAUAUUCUUAUGUUUUCUUAGUUCCUUCUAUCCUUGUGUGUAUUUAUAUGUUGUUGAAUUCAAGAAAAUUAAUCAAUUUGACCUCUGAGAUGAAGUGGAGUGAAAUUAUAAAGUAGCACAAGUAAAUGCAAGUAAAGUACAUUACCAAAAGAGUUGUAUUUAAUAAUUGGAUUUGCUUGAAGCUAAAACUAAAUGUAACAGUACUAUUUCUAAGAUUACUUUUAUUAAACGGUGUGCCAAUUGAU